CGCGUUGGCCCGAGGUAAACAACGAUGUUCGGGGCGGCCAUGGCUAGCGGCGCCUACUGCUGCUAUUAAUGAAACUAUUUCAAAUGGCCAGAGACACCGUGGAGUUUACGGAUUCAUGGCUCUGAUCAAGUCGGACACUGGUGUUCAUACACUCCAUAUUAGAUUGUGAUCGCGCUCCUCCGCCAUGUCGUCGCGCGUGUUGAUGCGGCAGCAGCUGAUGCGAGAACAAGCGCAGGAGCAGGAGAGGCGGGAAGCCCAGCAGCAUGCUUCUGCCUCCCAGCUCCGGGCUUCCGACUCCACUCCAGCCAUCUCCGUCACGCUGCCUCCAAACGCUGCCCGGCCACCUCCAGCGCAGGUGCCUGUGGAGGUGCUGAAAGUGCAGACCCACUUGGAGAACCCCACCAAGUAUCACAUACAGCAAGCACAGAGGCAGCAGGUGAAGCAGUACCUCUCUACCACGCUGAGUAACAACGGAGUUACUCAGAUGCUAGGUGUGUCACCUCUGCCACAGUGCCGUUCUGCCCCUGAGAUUGCCACCACUGCCAACAGUGUCCCCAACAGCCCAAUGGCCCUACUUAACAUCGGCUCCAACAAGGAGGAAAUUGAAGAUGUCAUCGACGAUAUAAUUAGUCUGGAAUCCAGUUUUAAUGAUGACAUCAUUACGUUGAUUGACUCAGGCCUUCAGUUACCAAGCACGCUCCCAGGAAAUCUACUGGAUGUUUAUCACAGCCCUGGAAUGGCAGCACCCACCCUCACUGUUAGCAACUCCUGCCCUGCUGAUCUUCCGAAAAUUAAAAGAGAAAAUACAGGUAUAGUCAAAUAUUCUGUAAUUUUCUUCAAAACAUUGGGAAAAACCUUGUUUAAUACACUUUUCAAGUCAUUACAGAACACACAAUUUUUCUUUUCAGAAGUUGACAGCAAAGCUUUUAUGAAGGAGAGACAGAAAAAAGACAACCACAACUUGAUUGAGAGGAGGCGAAGAUUUAAUAUUAAUGACCGUAUAAAGGAGCUGGGUACUCUCAUACCAAAGUCGAGUGACCCUGAGACGCGCUGGAAUAAAGGCACCAUUCUGAAGGCCUCUGUGGAUUACAUUCGGAAGUUACAGAAGGAGCAACAGCGAGCCAAGGACGUCGAACUGCGCCAGAAAAAACUGGAGCAUGCAAAUCACAGUUUAAUGUUGCGUAUCCAGGAACUGGAAAUUCAGGCACGCCUCCAUGGCCUCUCCUCUGCGAGCAGCAUCUCCUCUUCCGUUACCGGUCUGACCUCCAGUCCCGCCAUACUCCAGCAGCAACAGGUCCCACAGAACGGCCAGUGCUUACCCCACAGUGCAGAAGCAACAUCCGGGCAUAACCUCCUCAGUUUGGGUUCAUCAGCCAUUGGACACCCUUUGCCAAACUCCUUCCUGUCGCCGCCUGGGUCAGAGUCCCCCGCCGGAGUCACCAUCAGCAGCCCUUUGGACUUGGGCAGUCUGAGCUUUGCUGAGCUGGACGACACCUCUGCCUCAGCGCUCUACCCUGAUGUGGGCUUGGGAGACAUUCUUAUGGACGACGGGUGCACGCUCCAUCCUGAGGCCAUAGCCGAGCCACUGUUCUCUCCUUUGUCACCGGGUGCCUCCAGAAGCAGCAGGAGCAGUUUGGAUAUGGAUGAGGACUUAUGAUGAGCUCUGAGUGGCCCGCAGAGACUGAAUUACAGCAUGCAGUGUGUCUUCAUGUUAGGUGAGUCUAGACCAGGGGCGGGCAAUUGGUUUUUCCAAGGGGCCACGUGAGAAUCAGAAGCUAUUGUGAAAGGCUGAACUAAAUUAUGCUUAGUGUCAAUUCUGUCUCUUUAGACAAGCAUGCAAAAUGCAUUGUUUUGACAAGAUGCGACUGGUUAGAGUAAAUGCAAUGAUUAAGCAAUGGAAAAUAAACACAGCAAAUUUCAUCUAAACUUCACUAAGCAACUGUUAAAAAAUGCAGGCAUUUGAAAUGUAACAUUUUUGAAAGACCAGUAUUAAAUUAGCUUUAUAGAAAUGAGGGAUGCGCCGGUGAAUCGGUAUUUCAAGAAAACAUACGUGAUCGGCCAAACGCCAAUACUCUCUAGCUGACAUGCGGCUAGCAGCUAAUUAUCUCCAAAACACAAUGCGGAGACGCUCCCCAUAACUAAUAAUAAAUACCUCCCAUAGAAAAUAAGCUGCAUUUCUCAAUAUCUAAAGUAUUAUUAUCAAGCAUUAUUAUCACCGGACGAGGCUAAACAUGUUACACACCAAAAUAAACCAGGGCAGGCAUGCAAAUAGCUAAGCUAAGCUAUCUUGAAACAACACAAAUAAAUAAGGGCUUAGUAAGCUUUUAAGAAGUGAAGAUGGAACCAUGUUACAACAGAAAGUCAAUGGUUAUUAACAGGAAAUUAACAAGUAGAUUAAUAAGAGUGGGCAGCACGGUGGCAGAGGGGUUAGUGCAUCUGUCUCACAAUACGAAGGUCCUGAGUAGUCUGGGGUUCAAUCCCGGGCUCGGGAUCUUUCUGUGUGGAGUUUGCAUGUUCUCCACGUGACUGCGUGGGUUCCCUCCGGGUACUCCGGCUUCCUCCCACCUCCAAAGACAUGCACCUGGGGAUAGGUUGAUUGGCAACACUAAAUUGGCCCUAGUGUGUGAAUGUGAGUGUGAAUGGUGUCUGUCUAUCUGUGUUGGCCCUGCGAUGAGGUGGCGACUUGUCCAGGGUAUACCCCGCCUUACGCCCGAUUGUAGCUGAGAUGGGCUCCAGCGCCCCCCGCGACCCCGAAGGGAAUAAGCGGUAGAAAAUGGAUGGAUGGAUGGAUUAAUAAGAGUCUAGAGACACAAUAAUAUAACAACAACUGUUUGUGUGUCAGCAUUGUCACAGUCUGUGCACAACAUGCAUAUGAUUGAUACUAGAGUGAUCAUAUAGAUGUUUUCCAUCCAUCCAUCCAUCCAUCCAUCUUCUUCUGCUCAUCUGAGGUCGGGUCGCGGGGGCAGCAGCCUAAGCAGGAAAGCCCAGACUUCCCUCUCCCCAGCCACUUCGUCCAGCUCCUCCCAGGGGAUCCCGAGGCGUUCCCAGGCCAGCCGGGAGACAUAGUCUUCCCAACGUGUCCUGGGUCUUCCCCGUGGCCUCCUACCGGUCGGACGUGCCCGAAACACCUCCCUAGGGAGGCGUUCGGGUGGCAUCCUGACCAGAUGCCCGAACCACCUCAUCAUAGAUGUUUUCAUUUUCUUAAAAUCUUUUUUUGUUUUUGUUUAUGUUUACAAACUCAGGGAAUAAUUCCUUGGACACAGGAGGACUUUGAGGGCAAACCCCAAAGGCUUUAAAUGAGGCGCAGUUAGCAGUUUUUGCUUUUGUUUAUUAUUGUGUUCUGUUGACUUAGUUUUGUGUGGAAUAAAAUAGGGAACUAGUUUAUAUAUUGUGAAACUGUCAAUAGCCCUCACUAUAAAUGCAAUUAAAAUGUACAAUUAAUACAUACAAUCGGUAUCGGCCGAGCUUACUCAUGGAUGAUUGGAAUCGGCAUCAUAAAACCUUCAUCGGAAUAUCUCUGAUACAAAUUGUUACAACCUUUUUGCUUGUAAUAUAACCACCAAGCCAUUUUUUUUUGUUCAGUCACAGAAAUCGAGUUUAUGUUGGCCUGAACAAGUUCAUGGACGUCUGGCUGGUGGAUAUGAUUACAGUUUUUAGAGAGUUGAUAUAAUAUCGCAAAGGUUUAUAAAAAAAAAAGGAAAAAACAUGAAGAAAAACGUAUUCAAUCUAUUGCAGUCUUGAAACACAACCUGAACAGUUGGUGUAAAGCUUCAGUAAACAAAUACAGUCAAACCUGACCGCACAUGGGAAAUAACAAACAUACGCUAUAGACCGGUGGCCACUAUACGCAGUCUGCCAUGAUGAUCUCACACAUUGCGGAUUAUGGAAGGAAGCACAACUCAAGUAAAAUUUUAGUAAAAGUAUCCUAAUAAUAGAUAACAUUUAAAUAAUAACAACAAACUGAUCACUGAAUUCCACCUAGUGCGUUUGUUUCACAGCUGCAGAGCCUUCCAGCGGCUCCGCUCUGUUGCGCGUCUACUGUGUCCCACCUCCUACGCUCUAAAGUUAUCCGCAGCAAAUACGCAAGGGUUCUAUUUUUACCGGAUGCUGCAGCAAAGCGGCAGACAUUUUGCAGAGCUGGGGUAGAGCGGUGACAGGAAACGCGACACAAACAAAGUAAAUGUGGUUGAUUUUCAGAAUAAAACGCUGCAUGUUAACCAAUAGCUUGUUUUUUUUCUUACCGUGUUAAAAGCACAAAAAUGUUGGAAAAAAAGACAAAUAAAAGUAAGAACUUCUUCUCCUUAUCUAGUUGGAUCUUCAGCCGGUUAGUUGUUGAAUUUAUCUCCUUGGCCGCUCCACGCUAAAUUGGGGCCCUAAGCAAAGUUUUAUUUGGAAUUAUGUGAUACAAUUUUUAUACUUUUUUAAAUCAAACUUGAAUUUGAUCUAAUGAAUGUUUUCUACUCCAACAAAGUCAUUGGAAAAACAUUGUUAAAUAAUGUGCUGAUAACCAAUAUUAGAGGAGCUUUUAUUAUUGUUUACACUAAGAACAGCAAUCUUUAGAAGACAACUCGGGGGUGGCGAGGACUGUACGAUUUUCCGAGUAUCCGACCUCGGGUGGCGUUCCAGUUAAAACUUAUGACGAGGAACUCAGAACUUCUGAGUUCCCAGUACAAAGGGAACUUACCAUACGAAUUAAGCCAAUGGUCCCUAAACUAUGGCCCCAAUUUGGCCCCCGAGUCAAAAAGUUUGGGGAACCCUGGGUUAAGCUACAGUAUCAACAUCAUGCAUCAUCGCAGAAAAUGUUAUAUUAGUGACCGCUAAACAAAGUAGAAAAAAACCCUAUUCUGAGAUACAAAAAAGUGGUUGCUGGCCGCUAUAGAAAAGGUUUAUAACAAUACUUAUCUUAUGGAGGAACAGUUUUAUGGCUGCUUGCACAGGUUUGACUGUACUUUGCAGUCCAUCAUUUGUCAAAACAAGCAUUUUGUUUUCAGUUUCAGUUAACCUUACACGGUCCAGUCAGGGAUAGGCAAUGUGUCAGAUGUGCCCCUGGGGUUCGUACUUUGCCCAGAUCUGGUCUAGAGAAUUGGUCAAAAAAAAAUGUAAGGAAAAACUUAAAACAGUCCGAUUGAAACUACGGUAACCUUAAAUGUCAGCUAGGCUAACUUUUCUUUCAUGUUCUAUAAGAUGUAAAUGUUAUUGUUCCUUUUUGGAGCUGGUUGAAUGAUUAUGUGUGGGUUUAUAAAUGCAAUAGUAAGUAUAUAAAUAUAUAUAUAUAUAUAUAUAUAUAUAUAUAUAUAUAUAUAAUAUUAUACACUUGGGAUGCUUAAAUUUUUAUUAACAUUCACAGAUAUUUUUUAAAGACUAAGAGUACUAUACGUUUUUGCUUGAAUUUCUUAUGUGUUCAUUUAUAGGGAUUUUUUUUUUAAUCACAUGACAAUAUUGGCAAAAACAAACGAGUGAUAUGAGUUUUUUUUUUACUGGAAUCAGGGUUUCCUUGCUUGCUCUUGCGGUGUGUGUGUCGAGCAGGUAUACAAGGGAUAUUCUUCAAGUGAAUUGGCACAUUGUAAAAUACUUUCUUUCAUAUUGUAUAUAAGAAUAUUUUAUUUUCAUCAAUGUCACUGCACCUUAUGUUAUGGUCUAUGCAUUUAUUGAAAUAUUUACUACGACAGAGUGGAGUGCAGAGACCCCGCCUGGGAUGCAGGUUUUUCUAUGUUACCCAAUGAGCUGCUGCAGCUAUUUAGCCAAAUCAGGACGUAUUGUUGUGUAGCUACAAUAUUCAAUAUUUUCACGAUGAGAAAUGCAGAUCAGUUUUACAAUGCUGCUGUAGUUCAUCAUAUUUUUGAUACCUAAUAAUUGAUCACGGAGUCGUUCGUUUUCUUGUAACUCAUUUUGAUUAUUUGUCUUCGUUGUCUGUGGUGAUCACUGGCGGAUUUAACCUUUUUUUUUUCUUCCGGAUGUGGAUCAAAUCUACGAAUGCAUCAUGUUCCAAGUAAACCACUAUUUUCUACAGUGAAAACCUGCAUCUAAGACAUACCCAUAAAAGGCAUUUAAUUCAAUACAUGUGUUAUGCAACUUUUGGUAAUGAAUGUGUUGCUAAAAAAAAACACCUCUGUACUGUAAAUUAGAUUUUUUAUACAAGUUACCAUAUUUUUCGGAGUAUAAGUCGCACCGGAGUAUAAGUCGCACCUGCCGAAAAUGCAUAAUAAAGAAGGGAAAAAACAUAUAUAAGUCGCACUGGUGUAUAAGUCGCAUUUUUGGGGGAAAUUUAUUUGAUAAAACCCAACACCAAGAAUAGACA